UCUUCUUCAUAGCUGAUUAUCAAAUGAAUGUGAUGUUUUAUACAGAGUUAAACACAAAGCUACACAAGUAACAGUUUAUUUUUUCAGAAAGUGAGAGAAGGUGUUCUCCUGAAGGUGAUUCACUUGGAUUACUGUAGCCGAAGCUGUUGACCAGAAGAACACAGUGAGAAAUAAGUUGCAUUCUGAUCUCUGCAGAAAAAUGGCCGUUUGCUCAGCAGUCGCAGCAGCAGCUGCAAUUAUAGCCGGAGGAUCCUUAUUAAACACAACCAUCGAGGAAAUAUCCAACCAAAUAAAGACUGACAGAAACAUCGCCAUUCAGCUCAGCAACUACAGCCACAAAUACAUCUUGACAAAUCCGAGGGUCUUCACCAGCAGUGGAUACUCUCACAACCCCCCUCAGCCUACGAUACAGAGGAGGACGAUGGAGGCGUGCUCCUUCACCAAAACUGCAGGAACAGCCUGCGGAGCUGUCGGGGUCCUCACUUACGAGAUCUUCAAACAUGACUGUGGAGAGUGGGCUGGAGAUCUGGUCAUAAUGUUCUCCGUCCCGUACGACUACAACCUGUAUGAGAACUGGUUUGCUCUCGGCAUUUUUAAAGAACGCGCUUCCUGCGACGAGCAGCUCUUCCACCAGCUGUACUACGAUAACGGCCCCAUUCAUCAGAGCCAAAAGCACAGGGAGCGAGAUCAAGUUUCUUGGGAAACACGUUUAUGUGAAGGGAACCAUGUCUCCUGCAAGCAGGUCCAUUAUGAAAGUUGAAUUGUGGGAUUUGUAGUCACACGGGCAUAGAUACUUCAUAUGCAGCUCCACUGGAGCCUUAACAAGAAAUCUGGAUCAAAAAUGAAAGUUCAUUCAGUUUAAAUAUAUCUAUAUCUGAGAUUUCUGUUUUAAUGUUUUACAAAUUAUGAUGUAUACGAAAAAUAAAAUCAUAAAUAUCAAACA